CGUCAGUUGUGCCAGGAAGUGUAAACAUGGCGUCGUCUGUAUCGUGGAGUGUUGUCGCUGUCACUGUUAUAUUGCUGACAGAACAAGUUUUGGCAGGGAGAGACUUCUACAACAUUCUGGGAGUGUCCAAGUCAGCCACGACCAAUCAGAUCAAGAAGGCAUAUCGGAAGUUGGCCAAGGAGCUCCAUCCUGAUAAGAACCGCGAUGACCCUGAGGCUGCAGAAAGAUUUCAGGAUCUUGGUGCUGCAUAUGAGGUAUUGUCAGAUCAGGAGAAGAGGAAGGUGUAUGAUCGCCAUGGGGAAGAGGGACUCUCUAAAGGUGACAUGGGAGGAGAUCCCUUUUCCAGUUUCUUUGGUGACUUUGGCUUUGGGUUUGGUAUGAAGGAGCAAGAGCAAGAGGUUCCUAAAGGAGGUGAUGUCAUCAUGGACCUCGACGUGACACUGGAGGAACUCUACUCCGGCAACUUUGUUGAGGUGGUGAGAUACAAGCCCGUUGCGAAACCUGCUAAAGGAACGCGGAAGUGUAACUGUAGGAUGGAGAUGGUGACACAACAACUUGGGCCAGGAAGGUUCCAGAUGAUGCAGCAACAAGUCUGUGACGAGUGCCCUAAUGUCAGGUUUGUACCUGAAGAGAAGCUGUUAGAAAUAGAGAUUGAAUCUGGCAUGAGAGAUGGGCAGGAAUAUCCAUUUGUUGCUGAGGGUGAACCUCAUAUUGAUGGCGAGCCAGGAGAUCUUAGAUUCAAAAUAAAACAAACUAAACAUAAGAAGUUUGAGCGUAGAGGAGACGACUUGUACACAAAUGUGACAAUAUCAUUGAUGGAUGCACUAGCAGGGUUUGAGAUGGACAUCAAACAUUUGGAUGGUCACAAAGUUCACAUCGUGCGAGACAAGAUCACCUGGCCUGGCGCCCGCAUGAGGAAGUCCAAUGAAGGGAUGCCCAACUAUGAGAAUAACAAUGUUAAAGGAUCCCUGUACAUCACGUUUGAUAUUGACUUCCCAAAAGGAACACUGACAGAAGAAGUGCGAGCAGACCUGAAGAAACUGCUCAAUAUGGAAUCAAAACACACAGUUUACAAUGGGCUGCAAGGAUUUUGAUUGCACUCAUUGUUAGGUUAUAAAUAUUUUACAACAUGCUCCUGUUCCUGUUGUUUUCAACAAUAGCUGGUGUGUUUGAUGGUUGACAUACAAAGGACAGUACUUGAAUGAAGCUACAUCCCAGUGGGGAUCUGAUGGGAAGGUUAGAUAUGCCAUACCAAGAAAGGCUCUUAUUGAUGUGAUAGGUUGCUCUGUGGCUGAAAUAAUGCUGAUGCAAUGGUAAAUUUUAACUAGCUCACUUGUUUGAUAAAGUUUUUUUCAUCCUCAAUUCAUACAUAAAAAAAAUUAAUACUAUCAUUAUCCAUGUUUGCACAAACUGUCGAUAUUAUCAGUAGAUGUUUAUUUCAACAUUGUGAAAUGUACGACUGUUGUCUGCAGGUGGUUUGGAGUUCGUGCUGCAGUAGCUCCUGCUAUACAAGUGUGAACAAUUUACUGUAAAUAUGGGAAACAUCAGGAUAAUAUUGCAUGGUUUGUUAUGUAUAUAAGAACUCAACCAAUUGAAACAGUUUUUUGAGUCAAACACACCUCAGCAAAUUUGCUGUAUUGAACAUGCUGCCAUGGAGACUGACUGUUGUGCUGGUGUUUGAUGUGGGAGAUGGAGUGUUUGUUUUCUGAUUGUUAUGUAGCAUGGUGUCUGGUGGAUGGCCGUCUACUACGAGGUUGUACAUGAGAUUUUUACGAUUGUUAAAUUUGAUUUAUUUUAGAUUUGUUUACAAUCUGAUACUGCCACAAGCACUUGAUCAUCAAACGUCAAUAUUCAGUUGUAUAUUUAUAUGCUGAUGGUAAGAAGUUAAACAACCAUAAAUGUUCUUAUCGCAACAGAAACCUUGCACAGUAAGUAAUGCAAUGUAUAUGUAUUGUCAAAGCAUAUAUUUAAUUAACUAAUAUUUUUUUUAUGUGACAAAUAAUGCAAAAUAGCAGUAAAGAACAAGUAGAAAUGGGACCUAAUUAUGUUGAAGCAUCACAAAGUGUUAUAACUAAUACAUAUCAUCUGUAGUUGGUCAAUGUGGAUACUUCAUUGUUACAAUCUCCAUACGGUGGUACAGAAGCAGAAUGAUUGACAUUAUUGUUGCCGGUUACACCUGACCUGCCUGGCAGCAUCUCACCUUCAUAAAGUGUGUUUUGUUACCUUGAUUCACACAUUGAUUAUGUACAGUUGCUUAUUUAUACAAUUGCAUUGUGUACUUUAAUUUUUAGAGGUGCUGAAGACAUGGAGAUUGUAGGUGGUUGUGUAUACCUCCGCUGCCAUGCUAUGUGAGACUGGGUGUAGUGCAGUACUUCAUGGCAUGUCACUGUUACAACCAACCAUACAGCACUAUUGCUGCUAGCUUUGUGUAAAGGGACAAUAGCUUCAUAAAUUUAAGUAUUAAUCAUGUUAAAGAUUUCUUAAUUGACUUCAUGAUAUUGAAAAGAUGACAAUAAAUUGUGUAGUGUGAUACCAUGGAGAUAUUUGUGGCACCCCUAUCAGUACACUUCCUUGUGUUACACCUGGUUACAACUUGUCUUGUAUAUACACAUUACUGGUUACUGUGCUUGGUUGAUCAUGCGUUGAUUAUCUAUUAUCUUACCACAAUUUAUGACAUGUAUAAAAACAGUGCUCUAAAAGUUGUACAGAGAUUAUGUGAAAUAUUUAAAAGUAUUACAAGGAAUCCAUAGUGUGUUUACUACUGGGUUCCACUUGAAGAAAGCAGUCUUCGAACCAUCCAUUUACUGUGAAGCCAUGGUAAGGGACUGAGAGUCUUAUUGCUAAUGCCUCCAUGAGGGGUGACUGUCGAGGGCUUUUUACCACAGUCCGUUAACUGCAAAAUAGUACCAAUGAAAUGCAAGAUGCGUAUAAAUCUGAAAGCAACAAUCCAUCUUAAAUGGCAUGAAAGUUAUUUAUUUGUCCAUACUAACUCGACACCAUAAUUUCAGACAUUGUCAUGAAGUAGAGACAGAGUUGUUUAACAAACUAUCAUGUAAUUGUUGGGGUUUUAAUGCCAUGGAAGUUCUGUGUGAUUUAGUAUCAGAUAUUGCCAGACUGUAAAAGAAUUUAGCUACAGAAUCUGCUGCCGACUUGGACAUGUUGCUUAUGCUCAAGUUUUUUCAAUCUGCAUGCACAGGCCGCCAUCUGGACAUAAACCCUGGUCUUUGUUUGGUGCCUGGCGGUUGCUCAUAACUCUGUUCACUGAAAUCCAUUGUGUUUUGAUGUCACAGUCCAGUAAUAAAACAACCAGGGUGGGUAGUAUUCAAAUACUGGGCAGGUGUAUCUUGGUAGUUAUAAUUCAAAUGUAAGUGUAUCUUCUAGGUACUUGGCAUCACUGGUUGUUUUGGGACGAGGCUGUUGUUUUCUUACCUCUGUUGUAGCCAUUGGCAUGGUCUGCCCAUGCUGAGUUAACACAUUUCACUCAGACUGAAUGGGACCAAAUAAAUGUGAGAAUUCUUGACUUUCUGUAAUGCCAAUGAAUCUAGAUUAUGUGCUUUCUUAAGUAGAUGUGAGAUUUUACAACAAUUGGUUAUGUUACAGCAGCACAGACCUGGUUUUGAUAUGAAACGAAUAAUUGUGAGACUGAUGUAUGAAUGCUAAACUGAGAAUAAUAAAAGUAUUUCAAAUAAA